GGUGCGAGCAGCUCUCAGCGGGACUCACACUCACCGCCUGCGGGACAGACCGCGAGGAGGACACCGCGACCAGUGUCACAGAGCCAGACCCUGUCAUCUAAACCGGCCUGACCGACCCACAUCCACUGCGCGAUGGCGGAUGAGGAACUGGUGAAGAAGAUGGUACGGGCGGUGCUCCAGUCCAGUAAGAGUGGCGUGUCACUCUCUAACCUGCAGGUAGAGUAUAAAGACCUGACGGGUGAGCUCAUACCUUAUAAACAGUUGGGGUAUGGCACACUGGAUGCCCUCCUGCACAGCAUGCCUUCGGUCGUGAAACUGGAUAAAGUACAGUCUGGGGAGGUGGUGUGCCAUGCUACCACAGGAAACGAGAUGACCCACAUUACUAAACUUGCGGCCCGUCAACGCACAGCUAAGAGGACCGGCCGACCUCAAGUGGUGAACUGUCAAAUGAGAGUCAAACCUGCAGCUCCUCUUGUGCUGAAUGCAAAGCCAAGGACAUCUCUGAGACAGCCCGACCAUCGUGGACGUCUGGGGCGUGGUGGAGGUCGUGGAGGGGGUCACGGAGACCCCCUUCCUCGAACAGGAAGCAUGAGGGACUCCCAGUCUGAUGUGAAAGGCGGCAGACCCCACAACACACCCCCAAACACACCCACAAGAAGACCUUCUCUUCCCUCAGAAAGAUCAGACAAAAGAAUGACCCUUUCCUCCAGAUUCCAAAAAGAAGUACAUGCCCAUCUCUCCCAAAACCAACAGCUGAGCAAUGCCCCUUCUAUCCUGAAUGAAAACACUCCAGCAAAACCCAGGGUGCCUCAUUCUGCGCCUUACAGUCCCAAGCUGGUGCAGUCCCGUCUUAAGGAAGUUCUUAACAAGCACAGCAAUGGCCUCUGGGUAUCCAAGCUGCCUCAGCUAUAUCGAGAGCAUUAUAAACAAGAUCUACCCAACGAAGCCCUGAAAGAUCUGGAACACUGGACCCACAUUUGUACUGUUGAAAAACCAUGCAGUACCAAACCUCAAGAGCUGCUGCUAUACCCUGCUAAAGAAACUAGCCAGAUAACAUCACAUAGUGCUGCUACACCCCCCACCCAUGACAAAUCCCCAUUUCAUCACAAAAAACCCCAGACUCAAAGAUCAUCUCCCACUUACAAAUCAAGCACUCCGACGUCCCCUAGUGAUCUACCGCUCGACGUCAAGCAGAAGCUUGGAGAGCUGCUCAUGAAAUACAGCAGUGGCCUGUGGGCCCACGCUCUGCCUAAACUGUAUCAAGACACAUACAAAUGCAAGCUACCAGAGUUUGUGCUGGACCACCUCACCCUGCUUUCAGAUAUAUGCACGAUUGACUACCCCAUGCCGGACAACCCCAAAAGAGCAAUUCUGUAUGCAAAAGUAGUGGAGGACGAGAACCGUAACCAGUCGGGAUUGGCUGGCUCAGAGUUGAAAGAAACAGUAGAGCGUCAUUUGAGCAGCCAGACUGUUCCUUCUCUUGUCAUUCCUAGAGAGGAAUACCCUUCUGUCCUCGUGGUGGAAGCAAGUGACACAAACAGCGUCAUUCUGAGGUACAUAGGUGAAGGUUACUCCAAGGCGCAGGAAAAGUUAGAAGAUGAAAUGAGAGAGUUCUAUGGGCAAGACAUCAACAAGGUGGCUCUGACCUCACCAUUACCAGGUCAGCUGACUGCUAUACGUGCUGAGGAAGAGGAGGAGAUCCUCCGAGCACAAGUCUGUGAGGUCAUGGCUGACAAGGUCAAGGUGUACUAUGUGGAUCAUGGCUUUUCUGAAGUUGUCAACAAGAGCAAACUAUUGGAGUUACGUGAGAAGUUUUAUAGAUUGCCGUUCCAAGCCACCAAAUGUAAACUAGCGGGCCUGGAGUCAUUCAGUCAGGAGCAGGCAGUGCUGAAGAGGUUUGAGUCCAUGGCCACUGGCAAAAUCCUGUUGGCUGAAAUCUUAGAGCGUAAAGAAGUGCCUCUGGUGGUCCUGUAUGACACAUCACAGGAUGAUGAUAUCAACAUCAAUGCUGCCUGUAUGAAAGCUCUGCAAGACAGAUCCUUAGAGAGUCCCCUAAAGGUGAACAGUGCCUAUAUGAAUGUGAAUGUGACCAGCGUUUGCUCAGAUGGGACAAUCUACUGUCAGGUGCCUUCUAGAGGCCUGACUAAACUCAACGAAAUUCUGGAGAAGACCGAAAACUAUUUCCAUUCCCAGGUCACAUCAGAGUUGCUGGUUUCACGGCCUUUCUGUGGCAAAAACUGUUUGGCUCGAUAUAAAGGCAAAUGGUCCCGGGUGGAGAUAACAAACCUGCAUGGGAGCCGGGUGCUGGACAUCUUGUUUGUGGAUGUCGGAGUUCAGGCGUCUGUUGAGGUCACUGAGUUGAGAGAGAUCCCACCUCCUUUGCUGCGUGACCUCAUAUCCACCCCGGCCCAGGCGCUGAAGUGUUGUCUGGCAGAUCUGCCUGUGAGCGUAGGCUCAUGGACUCCAGAUGCUGUACAGUGGCUCAGAGACACGGUUCUCCACUGCGGUGACUGCAGCUUGAAGAUCGCUAAAGUGGAUGAAUCCAAACGCCUCGCACAUGUUUAUCUCUUCACCAGCAAGAACUUCCACGACACAAGCUGCAGUUUAAACCAACAGCUGGCCGACUCUAAUCUGUGGAACCACCAGAAGGAUGUUUUCUUAAGCAGCCGGGGGCCCUCAAAAUCCCUCAACGCCCCGACAAGCCCUGCCACCAUCCAGACAUCCAGCCUAAGCACUGAUGGACAGGAUAAAGCCCCACACACACCCAGGAGGAUCUCAUCUCCACUGGGGAGCCAGAGCGCACCUCCAGGCUCUCCGCCUGAACAGCUGGUUCUUCCGCCACUGCUGGAGUUGCCUGAGAUUGGGCAGAAUAUGGACGUGUUUGUUUCAGUGGCAUGCCAUCCUGGGCACUUUGUGCUACAGCCAUGGCAGGAUAUGUCCAAACUGGUGGAUUUGAUGGGGGAGAUGAUUCUGCAUUAUAAUAAGAUGGAGGAGAAACCACCUAAAGUAGAGAAGAACCAGGUCUGUGCUGCCAAGGUGGAAAACAACUGGUACCGUGUACUGGUGAAGGGAGUGCUGACCAAUGGUCUGGUGUCAGUGUUUCAGUUGGACUAUGGCAAACAUGAGCUGGUGAACUGCACCCAGCUUCGGCCCCUCACCCAGGAGUUUUGCCAGCUCCCCUUCCAGGCCAUCACUGCUCAGCUGGCUGGUGUAAAACCCAGGCAGUGGUCUGAGGAGGCCGCCAUUGUGUUCAGAAACCACGUCGAGAAGAAGCCCCUGGUAGCCCAGCUGGAAUCGGUGCAUGAGGCGUCACAGUCCUGGGACCGUAAGGUGGUUAUCUACUUGGUGGACACUUCGCAAGAGGAACGGGACAUUUGGCUUCAUGACAUUAUGGCUGAAUUCACUGAUGAGAUGUCCAACGCAGCGUAGAAUCCAUUGUUAAACAUUUUUGAAGGCUUGUUUAUUAGUAUGGUGUAGAAUAAAAAGGUUUAUUUUUUCCACAUGUGACUUGGAUGCAGAUCUGCAUCAGCAAAUGUAAACCAUAGAGUUCAAAGGUUAAACUUUUAGACUGAAGUAUUGCAAUUUAUAGCAACUCAUAUGUUAAACGAGCAGGCUAGCAGCACCUUUUCAAGGGUUUGACAUCUAUUGGUAAUGCACUCCGUAGGCUAUUGCCCUAUUGCUUUAACACUGAAUAGCUGUGAAGAUCCAUCAUCAGUGAAAUCAAGCCUUCAUCUUCUGUGGGACCUAAAGUUAAUCAUGAUCACUAAAGCUGUACCAAACCCUGAUGCUGUCAAUCAUAUUCCAUAAUGUAUCUGAAAACUGUCUGAAUACAUUAUAAGUUUGAUAGUCCAGAUUACGUGCUAUGUGGUGGCUUGCUUCAUGCUUCAAGUAUAGCAUGUUACAAAGCUGCCAGUUUACUACUCUUUAUGGUCCAAAACAGACUAACAACGCACAGUGCUCUAACUUGCACAAAGCUGAUAGUGUGUUAUUUCAGAAAUUGUUUACAUGGACAAGCUUUUUGGAGUCUAAAUAGUCUAAAAGGCAAGAGGACGGCAAAAGCCGCCCAUGCUGUAGCCGUAUGUAUUUGAGCUCUGGUUUUAGCAUUAUUUAUUUAGUUUUUAUUUUCUUUGUGUCUUGCUAAUAAUAUAGUGAAGGCAUGAAAUGUUUGGGGUUGUGACCAUUCAAUGUAUUUUAUUAGCAAUGGCAUAGUAAAUUAUAGUUUUAUUACCUGAAUAUGACAGUUAGACUUGAAAGCUAAACAAUUGUUGGCAUGUAGGAUUUCACCUGUGUUUAUAUUUAAACAGAUGCUUAAUAUUUUAGAGAUAAAUGUGGAACAAUCACUGGUAGUUAUGGAAGCCAGUUUCUGCCAUGAAAUUAAAAAAAGGUAAUUGCAACUUUUCUCACAAUUACGAAUUUUCAUCUCGCAAUUCUGACUUUUUUUCUCAGAAUCGUAGACACAAACUCGCAAUUCUGACUUUUUUAUCUCGCAGUUAUGACUUUUUCCUCAGAAUUGUGUGAUACGAACUUGCAAUUAUGACUUUUUUUCCUCAGAAUUGUGAUAUCAACACAAUUGCGAGAAUAAAGUUAGAAUUGUGAGAUAAAAACUCACAGUUCUGACUUUCUUCUUGCAAUUGUGAUAUAAGCUGGCAAUUCUGAGAACAUAUCAGUCUUUUUUCCCCUCAAAACUACACUUUAAAACUGACUUUUUACUCACAAUUGCGAGUUUAUAUCUCGCAAUUCUUACUUUUUUCUCAGAAUUGUGAUAUAAACUUGCUAUUGCGUUAUGUCAUAAUUGCGAGACAAAUUCUGUUACACGAAGUCCCAGAAUUGCAAGUUUAUAUCUCACAAUUGUGACUUUAUAACACAAUUGCGACUUAUCAAGUCAGAAUUGUGAUAUGAACUCACAUUUCUGAGAAAACUGUCUUUUUUCCCCCUCAAAACUAUACUUUAUAUCUCACAAUUCUGACUUUUUUCUCAGAAUUUUGAUAGAAACUUGCAUGUUAUAAAGUCACAACUGCGAGACAAACUCACAAUUGUGACUUUAUAACAUGCAAUUCUUUUUUUUCUCAGAAUUGUUUGAUACAAACUUGCAAUUAUGACUUUUUUUCUCAGAAUUGAUAUAAACUCGCAAUUGCGAGAAUAAAGUUAGAAUUGCGAUUCUGAAAAACUCACAAUUCUGACUUUUUUCUUACAAUUGUGAUAUGUGACCCUGGAUCACGAAAUCAGUCAUAAGGGUCAAUUUUUCAAAACUGAGAUUAGAAUAGAAUUGUAGAAUAGAAUUGUAGAGAUUAGAUUAGAAUUGUUCGAGAUACAACUAUUUGAAAACCUGGAAUCUGAGGGUGCAAAAAAAAAAAAUCUAAAUAUUGAGAAAAUUGCCUUUAAAGUUGUCCAAAUAAAGUUCCUAACAAUGUAUAUUACUAAUCAAAAAUUAAUUUUUCAUAUAUUUACAGUAGGAAUUUUACAAAAUAUCUUCAUGGAACAUGAUCUUUAUUUAAUUUCCUAAUGUUUUUUGCCAUAAAAGAAAAAAUCAAUCAUUUUGACCCAUACAAUGUAUUUUUAGCUAUUACUACAAAUUUACCCCAGCGACUUAAGACUAGUUUUGUGGUCCAGGGUCACAUAUAAGCUAGCAAUUCUGAGAACAUAUCAGUCUUUUUUUCCCCUCAAAACUAGACUCUAUAACUUGCAAUUCAGAUUUUUUACUCACAAUUGCGAGUUUAUCUCUCGCAAUUCUGACUUUUUUUCUCAGAAUUGAGAUAUAAACUCGAGACUGCGAGAAAAAAGUCUGAAUUGUGAAUUCUAAAAAAAAAAAAAUUACAAUUGUGAGUUUAUAUCUUGCAAUUCUCACUUUAUAACAUACAACUGCGAGUUUAUAUUUCACAAUUCUGAGAAAAAAGUCAGAAUUGCAACAUAUAAAUGAGGAAAAAAAGUCAGAAUUGUGAGAUAAAAAGUAGCAAUUAUCUUUUUAGUUUUUUAUUCAGUGGCGGAAACGGGCUUCCAUAGGUAGUAGAGUUAAACUUAAUAUAUUUCCUUCACCUGAAAUGUCAACUUGGAAUCAAAAUUGAACCAAUUUUCUUUAUUAAUACACCUUUCUGGUUUUAUGUGAAUGAAGAAUCAAUCGCAAUCAAAAUUAAAUAGUUUGUUCUUUCAGCUGA